AUGGUAUUCGAUUUGAAAGAUGAAUGCUAUGAGUGUCCGCUGGGGGUAGCAGGUAUAUCAGAGGGUCCAGCUGUUGCGGGAGUAGCAGGCGUUGCAGGGGGUCCUGGUGUUGCAGGAAUUGUGGGUGUUGCAGGAGUAGCAGGCGUUUCCGGGGUUCCUGGUGUUGCAGGGGUUGUGGGUGUUGCUGUUAUAGCAGGAGUUCCAGGUGUUUACAGGGAUAGGAGGUGUAUCAGAGGGAUAUCAGGUGUAGCAGAAGAUCCUGGUGUUGGAGAAGCAGGCGUAGCUGGGGUCGCAGGUGUUGGAGGAAUUCCAGGUGUUGCAGGGGUUCCUGGUGUUGCGGGUGUUAUAGUUGUAACAGGAGUUCCAGGUGUUACAGGGAUAUUAGGUGUAGCAGAAGAUCCUGGUGUUGGAGAAGCAGGCGUAGCUGGGGUUGCAGGUGUUGGAGGAAUUCCAGGCGUUGUAGGAGUAGCAGGCGUUGCAGGGGUUCCUGGUGUUGCGGGUGUUAUAGUUGUAACAGGAGUUCCAGGAGUAGCGGGCGUUACAGGAGUUCCAGGAGUAGCAGGAUUUCCAGUUGUUGCUGGAGUAUCAGACGAAGUAGGAUCACCAGUAGUUGCAGGUGUUGCAGAGGUUGCAGGCGUUGCAGAAGGUCCAGUAGUGGAAGGAGUGGUAGAUGUUGCAGGGUUUCCAGGCGUAACAGAGGUUCCAGGAGUAACUGCAGUUGUUGAAGGAGUAGAGGUUUCAGGUGUAGCACUAGUCGCUGAAGUUCCAGGUGUUUCCUGA